CAUUUAGGAGCAGGAAGUAGCCUUGGUGAAGUCUAUAAAUAAGCAAGUAUAAUUUCAAUUCUCUUCAUCACUGCAAACUCUUUGGAAAAAACAAAGAGAGAGAGAGAGAGAGGAGAGAAAGAAAUACUAUAUAAUUAUAAAGAUGGAAGUGAUGCAAGUACUUCAUAUGAACAAUGGAGAAGGAGAAACUAGCUAUGCUAAAAACUCCAAUAUUCAGAGGAAGAUAAUAUCAGCGACGAAUUCAAGACUUAACGAAGCAAUUUUAAAGAUUAUGUGCAACAAGAAGAAAAAUGUACCGGAGAGCAUUGGGGUUGCAGAUUUGGGUUGUUCCUCUGGACCGAACACAUUGAUGGUGGUCUCUGAGAUUAUAGAUAUCAUAGAUGAAACGUCUCGAAAAACGGGCAUCUCCUUCCCGGAGUUGAGAAUUUCUCUUAAUGAUCUUCCGGGCAAUGAUUUCAAUGACAUAUUUAGAUCAUUGCCAGCAUUCUUUAACAAAGUUAAAAAAGAGAAAGGUGCAGAAAAUUGCUAUGUUGUUGGAGUUCCUGGUUCAUUUUAUGGAAGGCUUUUCCCUAAAAAGAGCAUGCAUUUUGUUCACUCUUCUUCCAGUAUACAUUGGCUCUCUCAGGUUCCACUUGGUUUGGGUACUAAUGCAAGGUCAUCCCUAAACAAAGGGAAAUUAUACAUAUCACAUACUAGUCCAAGUGAUGUAAUCAGUGCAUAUGUGUCACAAUUCCAGAACGACUUCUCCACAUUUCUCCGAUCACGUUCGCCGGAGAUAGUCCCCGGCGGGGGAAUGUUGUUGUCACUAAUGGGGAGGAGCUCUAUUGAUCCCACCAUUGAAGAUGGUUGCUAUUAUCAAUGGGAGCUUCUUGCACAUGCACUCUCUACUUUGGUCUCCAAGGGCCUAGUAAAAGAGGAGAAAAUAGACUCCUUUAAUGCACCAUACUAUGCACCAUGCCCUGGGGAAUUGGAAAUUGCUGUAGAAAAACAAGGCUCAUUUAUGAUUAAUUGUAUCGAGGCUUUUGAGAUUGAGUGGGACACUAGCAUUUCUUCGAAUUCAUCACAUCAAUGUGAAGACGAAAAAAUGUUAUUAUCAAGUGGUCAACAAUUUGCUAAAACAAUUAGGGCUGUGGUUGAAUCAAUGGUGGAAAAUCAUUUUGGAAAUGGUAUUAUGGAUGAUUUGUUUAGUGUUUAUAGUGAUCUUGUGGAUGAUUACAUUUACAAGAAGAGAGCUGUCUAUGUCAAUUUGGUUGUUUCUCUCACACGCAAGGACUGAUUUUAUGUUCACAUUAAUUAGUAGACCAAACAAAGGGAUCUAUAUGAACUCCACAUGUUAAUAAGUGUUUGGAUUAGUACCAUCUCCGGAUCCAACACAUAACGGGAGCUUAAGUACAUCGUAUAGUUUUUUUUUUUAGUUGAAUCAAUAAGAAUCAACUACUUAUUGUAAACAUUGUGUUUUAAUUAAUCAAAUCAUGUUGGUAUUAUAGAAUGUUUUGAAAUGUUAACACUAACAAUAUAAUGAUAUAUUUUAAAUUUA